GUGGCUAAAGCUAAAACUACUCAAAGUAGACUAAACCAUAAAUGUUUACAUGUGUAUGCGUCUAUCAGCUGAUAUAAAUAGUAAAUACUUAAGAGGGGUCUGAACUUUUUUCUCUGUCACACUCAAGUCAACGAAUGGAACUGGAUACAAAAGUAAUAUUGUGAGAUAGUUGUCUACAAAAAUUGUGAAGUAAAACACUAUAAUGGCGGAUAUUGAGCAAGAAAAAUCUGAUAAUGCUGAAAAUUUUUCUAUGGCCACUAAUGUUGAUCCCAAAAAUAUGCAAGAAUUAACACAAUUUGUUCAGAGUCUCCUUCAAGGAAUGCAAGAUAAGUUUCAAUCAAUGUCUGAUCAAAUUAUUGGGAGAAUAGAUGAAAUGGGAAGUCGAAUAGAUGACCUUGAAAAAAAUAUUGCAGAUCUGAUGACACAAGCUGGAGUUGAGGGUGCUGACAAAUAAAUUAAUCCAUUACACGGAAAAACGUGAUACUAAAUUAUUACCACGUAAUAUAAAUUUUGUAUCAGUGCUGGUUAUAAAUAGAGUGAUGCUAAAUUAGCAUUUACUACUGAUAUAAGUUAUACAUAAAAUGAAUUUUACAUGACAUUCACUAUAUUCCUAUUAUACAGUUCAGUAUGCAAUAGAGAAAAUCCAUGAAUAUAGAUAUAAUUUAUAACUCAUAUUUUCAUUUCCUUUUUAUAUAAAACGAAAAAUUAAAAUGGUAUUUAUUUAUUGCUCAUUAAAUUUUAAAAAAUAUAAUUUUUACUAUCUUAAUUUUAAAAUAAAUGUGAAAUAAUUCAUCUGAAAAGAAAGUUCAGUAUACAAAUUAAUUGUGUUAUUUACAAUCUGUGGUCAAUUCCAACAUACAUAAAAAAUGAUACAAAAUUUAUAUUACUGUGGUACACUAAACUUCUCAAACUAUUUCAAUAUUAGUAGUGAUGUUUUUCAGUAUCACAAUUUUUU